UUUUAAUUUGCGCGCUCUGCCGCUCUCUCUCUCUCUCUCUCUCUCUCUCUCUCUCCUUUUCUAAAACUCCAACCAUGGCUGACCGCGGUGGAGGUGACCGCGGUGGAGGAGAUCGCGGUGGAUUCGGGCGAGGAUUCGGUGGUGGUCGUCCGAGGGGAGACCGUGGCCGCGGAGGCCGGCGCAGGGCACGCCGUGACGAGGAGGUGAAGUGGGUGCCGGUGACGAAGCUGGGGCGUCUGGUCAAGGACUUGAAGAUCAAGUCCUUGGAGCAGAUCUACCUGCACUCUCUGCCCGUCAAGGAGCACCAAAUCGUGGACCUUCUCUGCCCUGGCCUCAAGGACGAGGUCAUGAAGAUAAUGCCAGUCCAGAAACAGACCCGGGCUGGGCAGCGCACCCGCUUCAAGGCCUUCGUCGUCGUCGGCGACAACAACGGUCACGUGGGUCUCGGCGUUAAAUGUGCAAAGGAGGUGGCCACCGCCAUACGUGGCGCCAUCAUACUUGCCAAGCUAUCUGUGAUUCCCGUCAGAAGGGGUUACUGGGGGAACAAGAUAGGGAAGCCCCAUACAGUGCCGUGUAAGGUCACCGGCAAGUGUGGGUCGGUCACGGUGCGCAUGGUGCCCGCACCUCGUGGAGCCGGAAUUGUGGCCGCCAGGGUUCCCAAGAAGGUCCUCCAGUUUGCCGGGAUUGAUGACGUGUUUACCUCAUCCAGGGGCUCCACUAAGACUCUUGGAAACUUUGUGAAGGCAACUUUUGAAUGUCUGCUGUUAAGUUACGGGUUUCUUACACCUGACUUUUGGAGGGAUACUCGCUUCACGAAGUCUCCAUUCCAAGAGCAUACAGACCUGUUGGCCAAACCAGUUGGUAAGGUUUUUGUGGAGGAGCCUGAGAGGCUUGAUGCUUGAGAAUGUUUUACAUUUCUUUCUUUUCUGCUGCCACUUAGUCUAUUUAAAAAAAAAAAAAUUGUUUUGUAUGGAUACUGCAAUCUUUAAUUCCUGGGUCUUUUUGAUUCAUCUUGAAAUGUUCCAUACCAUUGCCAAAA